AUGUCAACCUCAUCGAAGCAGGCCCCUGAGCCUACCCUCUUCAUUGAUGGCCAAUGGUGCCACUCAUCUGACGGCCAGUCCCGCGAGGUCAUCAACCCUUACGACGGCAGCGUCCACACCUACGUCGACGAGGCGACCACAAAGGACGCAGAGCGAGCCAUCGAGUCUGCCAAGCGCUUCUUCGACACUUCCGACUGGCCUCACCUCAAGUGUGCAGACCGCGUAGCCCUCCUCAAUAAGACCGCAGACUUCCUCCAGCGAGACAAGGCUAUCCUGGCCAAGCUCGAAGUGCAUGACACUGGAAAGACGAUGCGCGAGGCAGAGGGAGAUGUCGACGAUGUCACUGCCACUUUCCGCUUCUACGCAAAGGCGGCCCUGGAAGUUGACGAGGAGAAAGUCGUCAAGAGCGAGUUCCUCCCUUCGUCUGCAAAGAACGUCAUUCGCAACGAGCCCGUGGGCGUCUGCACACUCAUUUCGCCCUGGAACUAUCCGCUCCUCCAGAUCUGCUGGAAGCUCGCACCCGCUCUCGCGACGGGUAACGUCGUCAUCAUCAAGCCCUCCGAGGUGACCCCACUGACCACCAUCCACCUCACUAAGCUCCUCGUCGAGGCCGGCUUCCCCGCCAAAGCUGUGCAGCUCCUUACGGCUGCCGGCAGCAACAUCGGCGACACAAUCUGCCAGCACGCCGACGUUGACCUUGUCAGCUUCACUGGCGGUCUGGCAACGGGCCGCCGUAUCAUCAAGUCGUGCGCAGAGGGUGUCAAGCGCUGCUGCCUCGAACUGGGUGGCAAGAAUCCCAACAUUGUCUUUGCGGACAUGCCCCUCGAUCUCGCGAUUGACAAUGUGACAACAGCCGUUUUCCUUCACUCGGGACAAGUCUGCUCCUCCGGAGCUCGCCUCAUCGUCGAGGACAGCAUCGCCGAUAAGCUCGUGGCGGGAGUGGUGGAGAAGGCCAAACAGAUCAAGAUGGGCAGCGGCUUCGACGAGAGCACCGAGACUGGCCCACUUGUGUCGGAAGCCCACCUCAAGAAGGUCGAGGCUUAUAUCGACGUCGCAAAGGCCGAGGGAGCAAAGCUGCUGUGCGGUGGGUCGCGUCCUGACCCCAAGCAGCACCCAGACUUGGCCAAGGGCUUCUUCUUCCUUCCGACCGUCUUCGACAAGUGCGAUCGCUCGAUGCGUAUCGUACAGGAGGAGACGUUCGGGCCGAUUUUGACUGUAGAGCGUUUCAAAGAUGGCGAUGAGGCGCAGGCCAUCUACUUGGCUAAUGACACCAAGUACGGCCUGGCCGGCGGUGUGCAGUCCGGCGACACGAAGAAGGCGCACAGGGUAGCUCGUCGCAUGCGCCACGGCACGAUUUGGAUCAACAACUAUGGGCCCUUCUCUCCCGCGGGAGAGUGGGGAGGUUACGGCUUGAGCGGCAACGGAAGGGAGCUUGGCCCCUCUGGACUCGACGAGUACAUCGAGAAGAAGCAUAUCUGGGAGGAGACGGAGCCUGCACUCACCAACUGGUUCGCCAAGAGCAAACUGUGA